AAAUGUAAAAAACUCUCAACAAAAGGAACAUUUUUUUGUGGCAAAAAAAUACUUUUGUGGACAUUGCGGCGACCGAUCUCGAUGUCUCCGCAAUUAGAUAAUGCUUAAGUUACCAAAGGGUUUAAAAAAGAAAAAGAAGAAGUCGAAAAAGGACCAAGAACUCUUCACCGAAGAGGAGCUCGAGCAAUAUAAACGUGAGCUCAGGGCCAAGCAGGAGGCUGGCGAAUCGGACGCAGCCGCAUCAGACGUUGAGGGAGCAGCUGCCCCAGCCUCUGCUGCUGCCUCUGGCUCUGGCCUAGAUAAAGAGGCAUCGGCAGGAGGAGCCACAGCAACAGCCACAGACCAGCAGCCCGGCAACGACGAGGAAUGGGCCAAGUUUAAGGCAUUGACCUCUGGCGUUGAUAAUAUUUUGCACAAAACUCAGGACGAGCUCGAUCGCAUCAAAAAGGAAUCCUUUUAUCAGCGCCUUCCAUCGGCUGCCGAGAAGAAGAAGCAAGAGGAAGAAGAGGCCGCCCGUCUCGAGGCUGAGCGUGCUGAGCGCGAACGUCAACGCCUUGCGGAAUUAGAGGCACAGCGGGAUAAGUUAGCCGAAGCUGUUGUCGAACUUUCUGACUCGGAUGAGGACGGUGCCCAAGACGAAGUCGAUGAUAUAUUUGCCACUGAUUACAUUGAGGCCAUCACCAGCGGAGAGGUUCAAUUAGCUGUUGUACCCGAUUCCCCUGUCUUGGGAUUUGACGACGGUCCCGAUCCUUUUGACACAGCGUACGCCGAAAAGGUCAUUGUCGGUGCCGAUAAGGCCAAGGACAAUAAGAAGAAGCUAGUGAGUCUAGGAGCGGCUGUUGAGGUCCUAUCGGGUCGUGUUGAUAGGGAGCACGCUGUCGCCUUAGCAAACCCCAAGCGUAAGCUACGCAAAGGCAUACAGAAUCUAUUGCUUAGCGAGAGUGUCGACUUUGCUGACCAGGAUCAGACAGCGGGCGAAGCAGCUGAACCGGAGCAGCAUAAUUUGCUGGAUGAUCUUCUAGGGGAUGACGACGAGGUAGCCGAAGUGCCCAUCGAUUUAAGUGUCUCACUGCACUUGCAUUUGAUUCAGCCCAAAAAGAUUGAGGAAGAGGAGGAGCUAGAGCAAAUCGAGCAGCCAAAUCCAGAGGAAACGACACAGGUAUACGACGAUAAGACACUCGAUUUUACCGAAUUCGAGGAGGACGACGAAUUCGCUGAGCUAGCAGCUGAAUCGCUUACCAAAAAAGAGGAAAUUACCAUAGUCAAUCAGGUGGUAAUACCUCCAGCAGUAGAAUUAUUGCCUGAAACCAGUUGGGCCGAAUUCGAGACAGAGGAAUCAGCUGGUAAGCCAAAGCGUCCACCACCACCGGUACGUCCAGUAACUGGACCUCAUAUUGUUCCCGGUGCCAUCUAUAUCAGUGAGGACGAGGACGACCUUGACGACGAUCCUUUCAAUACCAAUUACGCCGAGCAAGUUAUUAAAAAGACAACUGUCCUAGAGCAGGACGACGAUUUCGAUCCACGGGCUGACGAACCGGAACAGGGACUUGGUGUACCCGCUAGAGAUCUAUUGGCUGGCAGUGCAACUGAUUUGACCAAAGUUGUACCAGCCCCCUUGGCCCCUACAUUAAGUAUCGAUCAGCAGCAGCAGGAGGAGCAGGACUUUGAUCCCUUUGACACAUCGGCGGUGAGUGCUUUGGUUCAGCCAAAGGCCACUGAGUUACGUUGUCUAGAGCGUGAGUUACUCAAUAAGGAGGAAAGUGGUCUAAAGCAUUCGUUAAGCGAUCCCGAUUUUGAUCCACGGGCCGAUCAGGGCCAAACCGAAUCCCAGUCCCAGCCCCAGACCCAGACCCAAACUAUUCCAGAGCCGAAUAUCGACGCUGCUCGACGCAAGUCAUCGCUGAGCUUGAACAUCCAGGCCAAGAGUGUGGGCUUUCUGGUGCCCUCUCAGGACUUACUGGGUAAUGACGGUAGCUUGGGCGCCAAUAAGAAACCAUUGACACCAUAUUACGCACCACCGAAGACCGCCCAGUCGAUAGCAGAACGUGAAUCGGAAGCCGAAGUCGAUCCCUUUGACACAUCGUAUGUGCCAGAGUCGAAACUAAGCGACAUAGAAUUGAAGCACAUUGAGGCAGACUUGGCUGAAGCUCAAGCCGCAACACUCAGACACAGUCUCUCAGAUCCCGAUUUCGAUCCACGUGCUCCGCCGACACCAGUGCCCGCUGAGGUCUUGCUGGCCGUAGAGGAGAAUAUCAAUAUAAAGGUUCUAACGCCGGCGCAAGAGCGCAGGCAAUUGCCCCAAGCCGCCGAUCAGGAUCUAGAUCCCUUUGACACUUCCAUAGCGGCAAAUCUACAGCCGGGCCAGACGGAAUUGAAAUUGCUGGAAAACGAAUUAUUGCCGGAGAGUAAACAGGAUCGCAUCACAGUCGACGUUCUAGACACACAGAGUGACGCCCAAGAAUUGGGACUAGGUGACAAGGUAUUGACACCCUCACUGCCCAGGCAAGAGAUUGAUCCUUUUGAUACUUCCAUAGCGGAGAAUCUAGGUCCCGGGGAAACGGAGAUUAAGCUGCUAGAAAGCGAGCUAAUUGAACGCUAA